GUCACGUGACCUUUAGACAGAUACAUUUCAAUACGCCUUCUGUAAAAUGUACGGGGGUAAUUUCUUGCCUCUACUUUAUUUUCUGACGAUUCCUGCUUCUGUUGUCAUCGGUGACCAGACCUGUGGGUUUACUGGGACAAUGUGAGUACAACGUGGUUGUCGGCCAUUGCGCGAAUGCAUCUAAAACUCGCUCUGCGCGCGACACCGGAUGUUCAUGCUCGGACAUUAACACUAUUGAAGCUGGGGUGGAUGCAUUGUCAUCCACUGCUCACAAGGUACAACGAGACUUCGAAUCUGUAUCCGCAGAAUUAACUAAAGCUAUUGCCGAAUUGCAGGCAAAGAAAGCAGCGCUUCAAACACUUCAAAAUGAUAAGUCUAUUAUGGAAACACAGAUCCAGACUACGGAUUCGUCCUUGAACGAGUCAAAGUUGCGCUUGGAGAAGGAGAGGGAUUUAGGGACAAGGGAGAUAGCCAGACUCCAGUCAGCCUUGUCUUUAACCAGUAAAUCACUAGCUACCUGCAAUACUUCAUUGGUGGCGAUUCAGACACACGGGACCUCCACUUCCUCAGGGGCAGACACCCACUUGAUCUACUGCGGAUUUGAGGAUAGUAGCCUAUGUGGAUUUACACAGGAGAGCAGUUCUGAAAGCUGGAAACGGGGGAGUGGCAGGGUCUCAACCACUACUGGCCCUCUUAGUGACCAUACGUACGGGUCAGUUACAGGACACUACAUGUAUCUGGAUCCAGCGCACGUGGCGAGUUAUUCCAGCACUAAACAUGUUGUCAGAAUGACGUCACCGCUACUGUCGCCAUCUACGGGAUACUGCCUCAGGUUCUGGUACAAUAUGUACGGAACAGACAUCGAGACCCUUAAUGUGUACGCCAAGAUAUUUGGCGGAAGUGGUCUUGGGAACCCAGUGUACACGCACACUGGUCAGGUGGACCGGAAUUGGCACAUGGCGGAGGUCUCCCUUGACUCUGAGUAUACAGUCCAUUCUUUCAACUUUAUGUUUGAAGCCACUACGCAUGCGCACAAAUCGUCCCACUAUACCAGUGGACAUUCUUCCACAACAACAUCCGGGGCAAAUGGAAAUAUCGCUAUUGAUGACGUAUAUAUCUACAACACGUCAUGUCGACAUAACGAUAUGUCCAGUUGUCCAGCCGGGGCACAUAUAUACCAAUCCAACACUUCCUCUAACGCUUGCUAUAUGAUACACGUUGUUCCGGCCACGUGGUACAAUGCCGCCAAAGCCUGUAAAGAAGAAGCCGGAAACGCCCACCUCGUGUCCAUCAACAGUGCUGAAGAGCAGACAUAUCUUUUAGGUAUCAUAAACGCUGACCAAGGACUGAAAGCAAUUGGCCAGAACGGGUUUUACACCAGUGGCAACGAUGAGCGAAUAGAGGGUACUUUCGAAUGGACAGAUCAUGGUUCUCAUUUGCCUGUGACGUAUACAGACUGGCACCAGGGCCAGCCCAACAAUGUCGGGGGUGACCAGGACUGUCUCCUCAUGCAGUACGCCGAUAGUAACUAUGAAUGGGGUGAUGUCGGCUGUAAUGAGAAACACCCCUUCAUAUGUGAGAUCAACCAGUAGAAACCAAGACAAAUUUAUAUUGUGUUUCAUAACCAUAUAUUGUCAUAAUAAAUAAUUCUAUAAUUAGAACACAG